GGGAUCCGGAGGAGUAUCACGUCUGCCUACCAUCCGCAGACUAAUGGACUGGCAGAGAGAAUUAACCAGACUCUGGAGACCAGGCUUUCCAAGCUCUGCAACGCGACCAAGAACGACUGGCCAAACUUCCUGGAUGAAAUCGCCUAUAGCAUCCGCACCCAAAAGCAGCGGACCACCGGGUUCACACCUUUCCGGUAGAUGUUUGCUCGUGAGCACCGGCCACUUCACCAGGUAACCACCAGUGUUUGAUUUAAUAUAAGAAAUCAACUCCUAUUGGUUCCAUUAAAAUAUGAAGCCAUCACUUUCAAUCACAAACCAAAAAAAUAUGAAGAGUUGUUCUUGUGCCUAAUGACCGUAAUUUCAGUUCAAUUGAAAUAAAUAUUUUUAGGAAGAAAUUACAUUUGCUCCUGAGGCUUCUGCACAACCAGAGGGAAGGAGUACCACACCAGAAGUAAGUAGAAAGUAGAUUCAUAUGUAAUGUGCAAAUUCUGGAAGAAAAGUGUAUAUCUCACAAGAAUUGAAAAACAUGUCUAGUACCUCUCAAGUAAUCUUCUUUUGCAGUUUCUUUUUGUUACAGUUCUUUGAAGAACUUGUUGAACUGCCCUCUUCCGAGGACAUUGCGGAGUGUGUCAAAGAGCAGGACCAGAGGCGUGAAGAACUGCACUCCAAGCGGGAACAGAGAGUUGAAGCAGCCCAAGAAAAGCAGAAGGCUGAGUACAGGAACAGGAAAGCAAGAGGAGUGAAGACCUUCAGCUUCUCUGUAGGGAUGAAGGUUCUUAAAAGAAACCUUCGCAAUGAGACUCGGAAGGGUGGGAUAAUGGAGCAGAAGUGGACUGGUCCAAACAAAGUCCUUGACAUCGACUCCUCAAACCGUGUGGCACUUGAGGCUGUGAGCAAUGGGAAGAAGCUCAAGAGCCGUACUCCAUACAACAACCUGAGGCCAUUCCUCCAGAGCCAGUUGCACUGUGACAGACACUUAUUGGACCACAGAGAUAGACUGCAGCCCUCCAGCAUUCAGGGACCUGUGCAGCCAUCACCUGACACCUCACAGUAA